AUGGCUUGGGCAUUGGCCGAGGUUACCGACGUGAGAUCGACCAUUGCAAGGCUACAGAGCUUGAUCCAGCACAUUGAGUCCGUCCCAAACGCUACCAGAAGCCGGGUCGGGGUCCAGCACACAGCCGUGGCCGUGGCUGAGUUGAUCGACUCGUUCGAUCACCUUGCCAGCCUUCUCAAGCACGUCAGCCUCAGCAACCCGGCCGCGCUCAAGACCUGGGACCAGAUUCACUGGGCUCGGAAGCAGGACGAUGUCGCCAAGGCCGUCCUGAGAAUCCAGACGCACAAGAGAUCCAUUACUCUGAUGCUGAAUAUUCUUCAGUGCGAAUCCGACAUAGUCGCCGUUGAGUCGCGAGCGACUCUCAAAAACAAAAUAAACACGAAGUCCAAGAAAGCCCGGCUGUCCCAUCUACGACUGUGA